AUGAAUUUUUCGGCGAGUCUUUUGCUGGCGGUGGCAACGAUGCUGCGUUGGUCACCGGGAGACGCCAAGUCAUUGCGCCGAUCCGGAAUGAUGAUGGGGAAAGCCACGGCUAGACACCAGAACCACUGUGCGUACGUCAUUGAAAAGACGCUGUCCUUCACUUUGCAAGAUGGAGCGGCUCCCUACGUCAAAGCUGAGUACAACAAGUGUUCCUGGCAUAAAAAAUGUCCAACUCUUAUGUACCGUCUGAUCUACAAACCCAUGUAUAAGGUUGCCCAUAAGACGGUGACAGAGUUGGAGUGGCGCUGUUGUCCCGGCUACUCUGGCUACGGCUGCGCGGAGGGACCCGCCUCCUAUCCGCAUUCCAUUAAAAGCAUGCCGCCCUUUAAGAGUCCGCCCUUCGAGCCUUUCGUCAGCACUCACCCCUGGAAUGGAGUCAAAGGACCUUCCGCCAGAGAUUUUCAUCAGGCUUUCCCGAUGCCAGACUUUGGACCUCCGCGUUCCUCUGACUAUCCGGACGCCUCUUUUUUAGCCUUUCCGGAGACGGCCGAGAGCCAAGAGGAGCGCGACCGCCAUCCGGGGGCAGCGGAACGUAGACCCCCCACUGACGGAGGAGCGACUGAAGGCAUGGCUUUGGGCAGCGAGACAGAGGAGAGAAUAUAUCGAAUGGAAGAAGACAUACGACGUCUGAACCAGGGUUUGGAGACCCUGAGGGGGACAAUUGACGGUUUGGAGGGCAGCCUGCGAGCCUCACUCAGAGAGGACGCCAACAGGAUGCUGUCGGCCCUGCUCUCCGCCGCUCCUCUUUCCGCUCCCGCCUCAGGUCCCUCCGCGGUCGGUUUCGGCGAGAUUCCGGGGGGCGACCCUAGUGCCGGAGUGUCGGGGGCGGCGGUAGCGAACACCCGGGCAGAAGAGCUAAGGAGCGAUCCGCCGGCCGAGACGCUUCUGGGGAGCAUCCCGAGCCGGGAGACGGAGCAACUGCUGGACUCCAAACUUGAUGCGGCCAGGACGGACAUUUUGGACGGCUUGGAGAAGCGCGUGGAGAGCGCGGAGACUCGCUGCGAGGAAAGAGCAGAAGACGUACGCCGUCAGUGUCGGCGGGAGCACGGUGAAGAACAGGAACGGAUAGAAGACGCGCUAGAAGAACGGACGAGCGACCUGAGGUCUGAGAUGAAGAGCCUUCGGGAGCGGAUUCGACGUUUGGACGCCGCGGAAAGCUGCUGUGCCGAGGCCGGCAAACUGAGCCGGAGGAUGCACUCGGUGGAGACGUCGGUGGCAGGCCUUAAUCAGACUCAGGAACAUCUAAGAGUGGCGCUAGGAGCUCAUAGAGACCACGUGGAGGGUAUGCUCGAGGGAAGGCUGAAGUACGUGGAGAGCAAGCUUAACCUGACGGGGCAACCCGUCAAGAGGAGCAGCGUCUCCCUGGAGGCCAGAAUGGAUGGUAAGCUGAGGGAACUGGAGGAACGUCUUCUGACGGCUUUGGAGGAACUGGGGAAUGCCACCGUGCCGGCACUCCUGGAGGGACACGCCGUUCCCACGCUGGAGACUGAGCUGGAGUCCCUGCGAGGGAGACUGGAGAUGGACGUGGACAGAGUGCAAAAACAUCUGGGGGACUUAGAAAUUCUUUGUUCUUCUUCCUGUUCCUCUUCCCAAAAAGUUGUUCGGCGGGAAUCGCUUUCCAGUCCGACGGAUUCGCCUGAAAGGCACACAGAGCGCUUGAACGGCCUCGACGUCACGCCGCGGGAGUCGCCGAGUCAAUUGAUGGACAAAAAGGGCCGAGACAAGGAACGGGAACAACUGGCGACCCUCGAGCGGGACGUCGGCCUGGUCAACCACACCCUGCAAGAACUGGAGGAGUCCCUAGGGUCACUGGUCCAGCAGUUGGGACUGGUCAACGGCUCGUGGCACGAGAGGGAGUCGCGUCUGGCCCGGCAGAUGAAGGGCCUGGUCCAGCUGGCGGGACAUCAAGCUGCCAUGCUGGGCGCCGGCGAGCGCAAACUCACCCGCCUCAAGGGGGAGCUCCAGGAAGCCAAGAGACGACUCUCCGAUGAAGUCCGAAGCUGCCAGAGUGCCGCCGCGGGGACGCAGAAGGAGGUUGCGGAGGUCAGCGGGCGCGUUGCUCACGUGGAGGAUCGCUGUGAGGCGCUGGCUUAUUUAGCCCAAGAUCUUGAAAAAGUCAAGGAGGAAGCGGAGCGCCAAUCCCACGGGUUUCUCCAGCGAUUCAACGGGACCCUCUCCGAGCAUUCCCGACAGUUGUCCCGGCUAAAAGACCAAAUCGGAAACUGUGCCACCAAAGACCAGUCGGUGCAACCGAGUUUAGUGCCGGAGUCGCAGCGAGGGGAUACUUUUGUCCCAGAGUAG